AUGGAAAGCCAGCCUGAUCCAGCCACCACAGAAAAUGAUUCUAGCAGAGAGGAAGGGCAUAUACAGAGUGAAACAACACCGCUCCUGCAAAAGCGUGCCAGCGACGUCACAGGCAAGAUAAUCAGCACGAAUUUCGCCCUUCUGAUUGUCGGUCUAAACGACGCCGCUUUGGGAGUCUUAAUCCCCUACAUUCGACCAACCUACGGCGUCACCCUCUUCCAGCUCUCCCAGAUCUACCUUGUAAACUGUGCCGGCUGUCUCACAGCUUCGUUCUCCAAUAUCCAUGUGUGCUCACGCAUCGGCACGGGCGGUACAUUGGUGCUAGGAGCAGUGAUCCAAAUAUGUGGGUUCUUAUUGAUGUACUGGAAUCCGCCCUAUGGACUAUUUGUCGCUGCCUUCUUCUUACUUGGCAUGGGGAGUGCCUAUCAAGAUGCUCAGGCGAAUACAUUCACAACAACCGUGGACAAUGCGCAUCGCUGGCUGGGAAUUUUGCAUGCAGUCUAUGGCGUCGGGACAAUUAUCUCACCUAUCGUGGCUAAUGUGAUCGCCUCGCGGACGCCAGUCUGGCAGGACUUUUACUUCGUGAUGCUGCUAUUGGCGCUGUUAAAUCUCUGCCUUUUAAGGUGGACGUUCCGAGAAGGUCUAUUCCAGCCUAACAAGAGAAACGCUAGCGGCACAGCCGGCAAGGAAUUGAAGGCCACGCUAUCCAAUAAAUCGGUUUGGAUUCUAGGCGGGUUCUUCUUCUUGUAUGUCGGCGCGGAGGUCACGUUCGGCGGCUGGAUGGUUCAAUUCAUCGUCUCCGUAAGAAACGGUGAUCCAAAAGUAGUAGGCUACAUAGCUUCCGGAUUUUGGACGGGGUUCACACUAGGCCGUGUGGCUCUCGCAGAUAUCACGCACUAUUUCGGAGAGCGUCGGAUGGUGUUUGUUUACCUCGUCUUAGCAAUUACCAUGCAGCUCGUCUUCUGUAUGGUUCCGAACAUCAUUAUAAUCGCUAUCGCGGCUUUCUUAUUAGGAUUCUUCAUGGGUCCGUUCUAUCCCAUCGGACUCUAUGUCCUUACCCAGGUGGUGCCGGAGGAACUUCGAAUUGGCGCCUUAGGGCUCUCGGCGAGUCUGGGCCAGGCAGGCGCCGCUGCCUUCCCUUUCAUGACGGGCGCUAUCGCUUCCCGGGCUGGUGUCCAGGUUAUGCAGCCGAUCAUGCUGGGUUUACUUAUUGGGAUUGGUUUGUUCUGGGCUUCGCUUCCUAGACAACGGGCAAUUAGUCUUUAG